GUACUGGGAUUACAGGCGUGCGCCACCAGGCCCGGUACUGUCUGUCAUUUUUCUUUCCUUCUCUUUUCCAUAAAAUCCAGUAGGUUCUAUUUGUGAAGAGCCUCGUUUUUCACGCCUCUGCAGCCUCCUCUGCGAGUGACCCGCUCCCACCGCACGUCUUCCUUUGCCUGGGCUCCAGCAGCAGCAGCUCCCGCCCGCCCCAUCCCGCAGAGGCUCCUUCGUGAGGGGACACCCAGGCCCUGAUCGCUUCUCAGCAGCCUCCCGCGCUUGGCUUACGCGGAUUUAUGUACCUCUUCAGUAAAGUUGUCUCUCCAACCGUCCACGUCCACCCUAACGGGGUCCCCACCCCACUUGCAGUUCACACUCUCUGGGCUGGGUCUCUGCGCGGCCUUGCUCACACCCCCAGAUUCCUCCUCGACCGCCUUCUCAUCCUCCCGGCCGCUCACUCCUCCCCGACGCCCCGAGCUGGGGUCUCCCCCAUCGCACCUCGGCCCCCCGCGGCCCCGUCACCCGGCCCAGGCCGCGGCCUGGGGUACCCGGGCCUGCGCCCCCGACCUGCCACGUCUCCCGCGGAGCGGCAGCCACCUCCUCCCCAC